CAGCCCCCUCCUUCCCAGACGAGCAGAGGCCAAUGAGGUGAGGGAGCCAGGCAUGAAGAGAGGCCAUCCAGGCCACAGAGAAGUACAGUCCUGUGGAAGUCCACAAGCCUUACUGGCAAUUACACAUUGAGAGUGACUACAGUGUGUCUCACACGGCUUAGUCAGACAGACUCCUUCAAAAUGUUAUUAAGCGGCAGGAUGUACUGACCUUAUUCUAGUCUGAGAGUGGUGCCGGGGUGCCGAGCGUCAAAGACAUCAGAUUCUAUCGGCUGACGAUGGCGUACCGAGAAGAGGACCUCAUCGGGAUCCCGUUCCCCAACCACAGCAGCGACGUGCUCUGCAGCUUGAACGAGCAGCGGCGCGAAGGUCUCCUGUGCGACGUGGUCCUGAUCGUGCAGGACCAGGAGUACCACACGCACCGCUCCGUGCUGGCCGCCUGCAGCCAGUACUUCAAGAAGCUCUUCACCGUGGCGACGGAUGCCAGCGAGCCGCACGCCGUGUACCAGAUUGACUUUGUGGGGCCCGAGUCCCUGACGGCCAUCUUGGAGUUCGCCUACACCUCCACCCUCACCGUCACCGCCGGCAACGUCAAGCAGAUCCUCAACGCCGCGCAGAUGCUGGAGAUCCCCUGUAUCAUCAACGUUUGUCUAGAGAUCAUGGAUGGAGGCGGGGGAGAGGAGGGCGGAGGAGGCGAGGGCGGGGGUGGAGGAGGAGGGGACCACGGCUACGACGAGGAGGAAGACGAGGACGAGGACGACGAGGAGGAGGAGGACGACAUGGAGGACGACGCGGAGGAGUCCAGGGAAGAGGAGCCCGAGGAGCCCGAGGACGACACCAGCGAGAAGUCCACCCAGGCGUCGGAGCACCAGGAGCCGGGCGCCCUGGAGCAGGGAGAGAUGGGCGAGCGCGGGGAGAGCCCGCCGUGCAGCUCCAAGCAGGAGCAGGGCCAGAGCCGGCCCGAGAGGAGGUGUCCGGAGGAGAGCCCGGACAAGGGCCGCGAUCCAGACGGCCUGGAGGGCCGAGCCCUGAAAGACUUUUCCAUUGAGUCACUGCUCCAGGAGGGCCUGUACCCGAAGAUGCCAGGGCUGGAGCGAGGCUCGGGCUACUCCCCGCUGCUGCCCGGCUUCUACCCUCCCAUGUGGGCCGCCGAGUUCCCCGCCUUCCCGCAGAUCCUGGAGCCCCACCACGCCCCCCACCCCUACGGGCCGCAGGUGGAGAACACACCUCUGGACCUGGCCGUGAAGAAGGAGGUGAUCCAGGAGGACUUGAAGGAGGAGGUGGCCCCUGGGCUGCUGCACCGGGACUUCCUGAAGGAGUUGAUGGGCCCGGGGCUGGGCGUGCUCCCGGAGGCCCAGCUGAGUCAGAUCAAGGACGAGGCGGACCUGCGCUCCUACCUGAGCUUCCUGAGCGCCUCUCACCUGGGCGUCUUCCCCCCCUGGCAGCUGGAGGAGGAGCGCAAGCUGAAGCCCAAGGCGUCUCAGCAGUGCCCCAUCUGCAACAAGGUGAUCCAGGGCGCGGGGAAGCUGCCCCGCCACAUGCGCACCCACACGGGGGAGAAGCCCUACAUGUGCACCAUCUGUGAGGUGCGCUUCACCCGACAGGACAAGCUGAAGAUCCACAUGCGUAAGCACACAGGCGAGCGCCCCUACAUCUGCCUCCACUGCAACUCUAAGUUUGUGCACAACUACGACCUGAAGAACCACCUGCGCAUCCACACGGGCGUGCGGCCCUACCAGUGCGAGCACUGCUACAAGAGCUUCACGCGCUCCGACCACCUGCACCGCCACCUGAAGCGCCAGAGCUGCCGCGUCUCGCGCCCGCGCCGGGGACGCAAGCCCGCCGCCUGGCGCGCCUCCAACUUCCUGUACCCGACCGACCCCCACCUGCACCAGGACAAGGGCCUGGCGGCCGGGUGCCGGCUGUUGCCCACACCUUUGCCUGCCCUGGGUGCCCGCGGCCUGGCAGAGAGGCGGCCCCAGGGGGGCAGAGCUCUGGAGGACUGUGAGGGCGGCGGCAGGGAGGCAGCGGAGGCGCGGCUGGUGGACAGGAGCCACAUGGCGGGGGAGGCCGAGAGGAAGAGGGGGGUGUUCUCCUUCACCCUGGCCCGGGACGAUGUUCUGCCCCACGCGCCCUUCCCGUUCCCCGCACCGCCGCCACCGCACAGCGACCCCUGGACGGUCAGGCUGGACAGGGCUCCACCCAUCCCUGAGGCCGCUAACUGACCUCCCACAACUCCCUGAGUUUGCUGCUCCGCACAGAAUUUACGUAUGCAUGAGCAAAAACACACACAGACACGGCACACAGAUAAACGCACGCACGCACACACAUACACGAGUACACACGCACACACACUCACACACACACUCACACACACACACACACACACACACACACACACACACACACACCAGUCAGGUGAACAGGAGGAACAGUGGGAAUCUGGAGGACAAGCUAUCUACAAUUGUAGUCUGAUCAAAUGCAAGACCUUUUUUUCCAAAUGAACAAUUUUGGGACUUUAAUAUGUUGACAAAACGUGACAUUUUAACAGCCUUUUUAUAUGGCAGUUUCCUUGUGUCCUUUAAGACAAGUGGGAUUUAAAUACAGUUUCUAGGGAUUAAAUGUUUUUAUUGUUUUUUUUUUUAGGUUUCGGUUUCAGUACAUUUCUAUUUAUAAUGAAUUUGAUGAUAACGCUUUUGCAUUAUUGAUAAGGGUAAAAGGAGGUUUUGAGAUUUGUUGACAGUUCAGUCAGCUAUUUUGGCCACUAAAUGUUUGUGCAUCAAUUGAACUGAAUUUUGCUUCCAGUGUCAAACUUCAAUGCAAAAAAAGCAGUAUAUUUUCUAAACUCUCUGCUUUCUGAAAUCACCUAAAAGAUUUCCCCCCAGCCAUCUUGCUGUGCAUGUCACUGUCACAAAUGACUUCACUUCUCCCUUGGGCCUCCAUGUUUAACUGAUUAAAUUAUGAGAGUUAAAAAAGGUGAAAUCUGAGCUGCGAAUCACAACUACUUGGAAGUCAGAUUAUACUGUUGAAUAUAAAUGAAACUGAUAAUUGAUAUUUCUAAACUACAUGGCAUUGUUGGUACUGUAUAUCAGUCAUGCAAAGACAGUCUGACAAAAACUGUCUGUGAAAUGAAAAAAAAAAGCUUGAGCUGAAUGUGGACAGACACUACAAUUAUAUCAAAUGUUCAUAUUUGAAACUUUCUACAGCCAUUGAAAUGGGAACAGGAGAGAAAUGAGUCUGUGGUUGGUUUCCUACGGUGGAUCCUGGGUUUCUGUCCUUUGUAAGAUGAACAUGCUUUACCCUUGUGCUGUGCACCAAGCUUUUCUCUGCACUAUUGUAAAUAUGUACAAAUGUUUUGCAAAUUCAACUUUGAUUAAUUAAAUGUUGCUGGAUUACUAACGUUUUUGAUUAAUGAUGUUAUAUGUUAAAGCAUCCAAAGAUGUGUCUAAAAAACAAACUUGAAAUAUUGUUUUAUGUAUUUGAAUUUCUCGGACAAGCUUAAAUGUUUUAUUUCUUUGAAACCUCGAAAUUGUUUGUCACUUGAAAUGGUCUUAACAGGUGCUUCUCUUUGUUAGGAAUUAAAACAGGGAAAUCUGUCCACCAUCUUCAUAUAUUGCUCUUCUUAAAUUUAAACUGGUUAAAAUAAAUGUUGUAUUUCUUGGUUGUCAAAAAAAGAUACUGAGAAAAUAUUUUCAAGCUAUUUAUGCAUAUUUAAAUAGGCCUUGGCUAUAUUUUGCUAAAAUGUUCGUAGAGACACUAAAAUGUCCGAAAGUGUGAUGCGGGUGGUUAUGGUGAAUCACUGGGUGGCUGUUUUAAUGGUCAGUGUGUGUGUGUGUGUGUGUGUGUGUGUGUGUGUGUGUGUGUGUGUGUGUGUUUGCAUGUGUGGCUUUUGUUGCAAAAAACUUCUGAAUUGUAAAAUCGGUAAAAUUGUUUCUACAGUAUAUAUCCAACUAAUCACACACACACACACACACACAUAUGCAGGCUCUCGCUCUCUCUUACACACACACACACACACACACAAACCCAUAUGCAAGCUCUCUCUCUUUCUCUCUCUCUCUCUCACAUACACACACACACACACACUGGAUACACAGAUAUGGUACGGCAUUUACAACAGCAUAUCUACAGUUUAUCAGCAAACAGCUUUUGAAAAUUAACCAUCAUUCACAAUAAAGUGACAGUUAAAGUGGCAUUGAGGGUAGAAAUGUGGUCUUAUAAAUCAAAUUACCUGAAUUAAGUUCAUUUACUUGACAUAACAAAUUUUUCUGAAACGACUGAAUGUGUAUGACAUUAAUGAAUUAAUCUGAUGACAGAAACAUGUAUUUGCACUAUUUGUGAUUUCUGUAUUAAAUUGACCAGAUUCCUUUUCAAAAUACUGAAGCCAUUUUAUGCACUUUACUUAAAAUUCCAAUGUUCCAGUUCCAAUCUCCACAUAAACCAUUUUGAAAAAUAUCUACCCUGAUCAUCAAGUGUGGGCUCAUAUGCUUCCACUAGCCUGGAACGGCACAAUUGUCACAAAAUGCCCCCAAAACUGUU